AUGGUCUCUACACCUCCGCUGCGGUCUGCCGCAGCAUUUUCAGCUAUCCAUCCAUUCACUUUGAACACUCCCUCUCCUGCUACGCCCGAGCUGGGGUGGUCUGCGUCACCAGCAACGCAGCUCCCUCUGACCCCAGAAAUUCACUUUGAUCCUAACGACCGUAUACGCUUGCCCGGUUCUCCUCUUGCAGCUCGCACGGCAAAUCUCAAGACAAACGCUAUCACCAGUCUUAAUCUUUCCCCGCUUGACUCAUAUGUGCCAGAGCAACUACUGUCAACGCUGUCGAGCGAGACAAGUCGAAACAAACGUCUCUUCCGGAAUGAGCUCUCCAGCAGGACUCUGGCCGCCACAUCUCAACCACAAUCACCUCCCUCGAAUGACAAUCACCGUACCAUCCCGGUGCCUUUUUUUAAAAUCGAAAUAGAGGAAAGGUCUUGGCGAAGAACAUCUCUACAACCUCUUUAUCCAAGCGGAAAGCUGGCCGGGCAUUGCAGUGAUGCCGUUGAGCAACAUGCUACUGCACGCAGUGCCCCCACAGUUGCAAAUGACAUCAAAUCAGAACAUCGUUCAGUCGUUUCUGAUGAAAGAGUUGCUGGUGAAUCUCAGACCAAAAUCAUCACAACCACCACCGCGACAACCGUACUUCCUCAGUACUCGAGAAGGAAGAAAGCUUUAACACUCUCCAUCGUAUGGACAUUGAACACAAAGCUGACCACCAUCUUGCCUCUCGAAGCGAUAGAAAGGUUCGAUGCCGAUCCUUCGCAUUGUAUUGGAACGACAGAGGACGGUUUAAGAUGCAACAAAACAACCACGCGAUCAUCAAAUAAAGGUUUUGUCACAAAAUUGUUCACGGCUCUCUCGACAUUUCAGCGCUCUCUUGAUUUCGAAUCCUUUGCGGAGCAUAUGGCCCCACUGAUUGAAAGCGUAACUUGCACACAGUGGCAUGGAAAGCGGGCUCGGAGUUGUUUGGAUGAAUUGUGCUCUUAUUCCUGGCAAACACGGGAGAUCGCCGUUACAGACCCACACCAAGGUGAGGCUAUUACGAACAUUAUCGACAGCGUAUUCAAAUUCUGGAUCUCGGCUUUGAUAAGAGUUCCAACAAUCGCCAAAUGUUCGAACGUACCGGCAAAAGGAGACGCUGAUGGUGUGCGAGGAGCACCUUGCUCGACAAUCGUCUUCUCCGACGCUGCACCUUACGGGAAUCCUGCGAUCUUUCGUCAUGCCAGUCUGCAUGUAACAGCACCGUCAAAAAACGCGACGAAUAGCCAUGUCACAAAUAAGAGCACUACUGGAAUACCAGGAACUCAAAUGACAGUCCCGAAGGCGAUGCGUUUAUCAACUCAUCUGAACCACGCAUUCGAACCAUAUCCUUACUCCAAAGCAAAAGCAAAUGCUACGCCUCAGGCCUUGAUCCGGCAGACUCUGAAGAAACCGUUAACGUACAGCGAUAUGUUGCGUUCUGGGGUCAUCUACGUUUUCUGGCAUCCGGGUAGUAUGGGUUACGUCAAAAUAGGCUAUGCCAACAACAUCAAGAAGAGGCUUGAAGAUUGGCAUAAGCAAUGUGGAUUCAACCUCGAGCAGCACAAGAGUCGGGAAUAUAUGGACGUGACGAAGGUCCAGCACUUAGACCGAAUCGAGAAGCUAAUCCAUGCCGAACUUAAAGAAUACCGGGUGUUCGAGCCAUGUUGCAGCGGUUGCGGGAGAAAACAUCUAGAGUGGUUCCAGGUCGACCCGAGCUACGCUUUGAGGGUAGUGGCAAAAUGGACAAGAAGGUCCCUUUACUCAGAGGGGGAAUUGGAUCCCAGUAUCAGCAAAGAGGAGAUCGAGAAGCUGUGCCAACUAACCGAAGCCGACCGCCCGCUACCGCUGCCCAGAAAGGGAACGAAGAACUUCAACGGAAGCAUUCGUGGUGGUGGUGGUGGUCGUCGUACAUCAAAGCCUCAGGGAAGUCGUUGA